GGAGUUGGAAGAUGUUGGAGGUGUUUUUGAAGUUUGAAUUGAAUCUCAUCAUCAGGUUGACAAAUGAAUGUUUGGGAAAGGAGGGGGGAAGAGGAGAAGAGGUUGGUUGACGGGCAUGGGAUGGGGCCUACGAUCUCGACCCCUUCUUUUUGUUUUUGUAUUUUCUCGAGGAGCAAGGAUCUGCUUCUUCCAACGCAACGCGACGCUCCUCUCUCUCUCUCUCUCUCUCUCUCUCUAAACGGCUUUAAUUUGAAAUUCCUUCUGCCCCGAUCUGCCCUGUUAUGAUUCUGAACCCCCACGAGUGAACCACUUCUUCGACUCAGUCCUUAUAAUUUCGUGUUGUUGAGGCGGAGCGACCGCAACACCACCUUCUCUGUUUAGGGUUUUUGCCUUUGCCCUUGUUUUAUGAGGUCUUGACUCGGUCCCCCGUCGUCGAAGGGCGUUUGAUUUGUAGGAGACGAAACCGUUUCCGCACAUAUUUAGAACUGAUAAUCGACAGGCGCUUUUAGUUCUCCUGAGUGCAAUUUGUCAUAUUAAUGAUGGCAACUGGAAAUGCUUAUUUUGAUGACAUACGGAGUAAGCCUGAAGUUAUUGAUCCUCCUCAAGAUGAAGACAUGAUGGAUGUUGGUGAGCAUGUGGAUGAUCCUGCUCAAACUGCUGUGAAACCAAACUUGACUGUCUCCAGCAGUGUUCGUGAACUAUUGGAAUGCCCUGUAUGCUUAAAUGCUAUGUAUCCUCCAAUUCAUCAGUGUUCCAAUGGCCAUACAUUGUGCUCUGGGUGCAAACCCCGGGUGCACAAUCGGUGCCCCACUUGCAGGCAUGAGCUUGGCAACAUCAGAUGUCUAGCUUUAGAGAAGGUGGCUGCAUCACUUGAACUUCCAUGUAAAUAUCAGAGCUUUGGGUGUAUGGGCAUCUACCCAUAUUACAGCAAGCUAAAACAUGAAUCCCAAUGUGUGUUUAGACCGUAUAACUGCCCCUAUGCUGGAUCAGAGUGCACUGUCAUUGGUGAUAUUCCUUACCUGGUGGCACAUCUAAAAGAUGAUCACAAAGUUGACAUGCACAAUGGCAGUACUUUUAACCAUCGUUAUGUCAAAUCAAAUCCGCAUGAGGUCGAGAAUGCAACAUGGAUGCUGACGGUUUUUAGUUGCUUUGGGCAGUACUUCUGUUUACACUUUGAAGCAUUCCAACUGGGGAUGGCUCCUGUCUAUGUUGCAUUCUUGCGGUUCAUGGGUGAUGAUAACGAGGCAAAGAAUUACAGCUACAGCCUUGAAGUUGGAGGGAACGGAAGGAAGAUGAUCUGGCAAGGGGUGCCUAGAAGCAUAAGGGACAGCCACAGGAAGGUUCGUGAUAGUUUUGACGGUCUCAUCAUUCAACGAAACAUGGCUCUCUUCUUCUCGGGAGGAGAUCGUAAGGAACUGAAGCUCAGGGUUACUGGAAGAAUCUGGAAAGAACAGUGAUGCUGGGUAUAUCCUUCAUCUUCUUCUAUUCAACCAAACCGUUAAGUACGGUGAUUCCUUUUAGCAGUCUAGGUCAGCUCUGGUCAUCAUGUAUUUUGUGGGGUUUUGGAGGCAAACUCUCUUUGCUUGUCCAUGCUUUACAUGAGUGGGGAAGAUAGCUGGGUUCUGCAAUGACAGGGAUAUAUGUUUAUCCUAUGGUGGCCUUUCCCUCUGUUUUGUUUCCAUGCAUGAGCUAUGUAGUUCGUAGAAGAGAGGAAAAUUAUGUGAUCAGUUUACUUGCAGUAUUUACUAUAAUUCCAUGGUGGAGAUUGGAACA